CGCCAGUUUCCUGCCCCAAGGCCAUAUCAAGAUAUGCAUUGACAGGCAGCCGGCAUUGUUUGGCCACACAAAGCAAAAACAUGGGCUCAUCCUCGGGGUUUUCGAGCUAAUCACGCGAUCUAUUCAUCGUACCCUCCGCCACGGAGAAGCCACAUUUGAAGCCUCCUGUGUCGGUUGGGACGACCUUAAGGGUCAUCAGAGAGUAACAUCACGGCGCAUGUGCCACACCUCACACCUGCACUGUCUGGUCCCAGGACGAUGUGUUCAUCUCCUAUGUUCUAAGACUAAGAGGUGUUCCAGUUUUAUCCUGCGGUAGGCAGGGGUUUGUGCCGGUGAGAUCCGUCUUACUUGCUGCAGAGACAACAUGCCCAGCAAAAGAGAAUCUGGCUCUGGUCGCUUGGGUAUAUUGCUGUGCCUUCUCGUCUUGGCAUCAUUGGGGAAAAGUGAUCAAGAAUGCUCCGCUCCAACAUGCGCCGACUGUCUCCGCCAAGGUCCGACAUGCGGGUGGUGUGCGGAGGAGGGUUACCAAGGACCACGCUGUGACCUCGUCACUACACAUAAGAAGAACGCUUGUCUGUCAACCAAGAUACAGAAUCCAACCACAGAGGGACCAACAAAAACCAAGGAUCUGCCCCUGAGCUCAACAGCACAAAGUGGAGACAACAUUAUCCAGGUCAGGCCACAGGAGGUCGGCUUAAAAAUGAGGAAAGGUGACACUGCUCAGCUGACCAUGCAGGUUCGGCAGGUGGAAGACUACCCCCUGGACCUGUACUAUCUCAUGGACAUGUCAUUCAGUAUGAAAGACGAUGUUUCCAAACUGGUCGACAUUAACUCAGAACUAAUUCGUGAGAUGAAGAGUCUAACAAACAACUUCCGUGUUGGCCUGGGCAUAUUCUUAGACAAGACUGUGCUGCCAAUGGUGAACACUAACAAGGAUCGCCUACAAGACCCCUGUCCCAACCCAGCCACACAGUGUGCUCCAGUUUUCGGUUUCCGCCAUCUUCUGGACCUGACCGAUGAUGCAGACGCCUUGAGAAGAACGCUGCCAAACCCUGAGGACGUUUCUGCUAACAGAGACGUCACCGAGGGAGGCCUUGAGGCCCUUCUCCAGGUUGCCAUAUGCAAAGAAAAGAUUGGCUGGCGUGACAAGGCCACCAAAAUGGUGCUGUAUGCCUCUGAUGAGGGCUUCAAAAUGGCAGGUGAUGGGAGACUGGCUGCCAUCUUACCCCCGAAUGAUGGGGCGUGCCAUUUGAGUUCAGUAAAUCGAGAGUACACGGCACUGAACAACCAGGACUAUCCAUCAGUGGGACAACUUGUCAGGGUUUUGAGGGAACAGAAAAUUCAACCCAUUUUUGCCGUUACUGAGUUUCAGGCAAAAAAUCAACUCAAGGUGUACAAGCAACUGUCAAACCAAUUCGACAAGGCACGCUCAGCAGAGCUAGCUGAUGACUCGUCCAAUAUUGUGGACCUGGUUACAAAUGCAUACAAGGAAUUGAGGUCGGAAGUGAAGCUGCAGCCUGUCAACCUCCCACCGGAAGUUGACAUCACUAUAACACCUGUGUGUCCAAGUGGGACCGUAGAGGGGGAAAACUCAUGCAUGGACCUUCAAGUUGGAGACACAGCAGAGUUUGCCAUCGACGUGAAAGUCAAAGACUGUCCAAGACAGGGCCAAAGCAACCUUGCCACAUUUAGUCUGGACCCAGUGGGCUUUGGUGAUGAACUCAAGGUCAACUUGGAAUUCCUCUGUAGCUGUGAGUGUGAGGCAUUGGCGGUGCAGGCAAGCCCCAAAUGUUCCUCUGGAAACGGCACCCUGCAGUGUGGCAUCUGUGUGUGUGACCAGGGCAGAUAUGGUUCAAAGUGUGAGUGUAGCGCUGACUCGAUAGAAGGUGCUGUGGACGUGACUGCAAGCUGCAAGGCAAACAACAGCAACACGCUGUGCUCCGGGCGGGGCGUGUGCAUCUGUGGACAGUGUUCCUGUAGCGACAGGCCGGACCCUAAUGAGGAGGUGUACGGACAAUUCUGCGAGUGUGAUAACUUCUCUUGUGACCGCUACCAGGGGAUGGUUUGUGGAGGUCCGGAUCGAGGUACGUGUGAGUGUGGCACGUGUCGCUGUAAUGACGGCUGGAGUGGAAAUGCCUGUCAGUGCUCCAAACGGGAGGACACGUGUAAGGCAGCGGAUGGGCGAAUAUGUAACGGCCAGGGCAAAUGUGUCUGUGGGAGGUGCGAAUGUUACAAGAGCAGUCCGUACUCCGGCCCAACCUGUGAAACUUGUCCGGCUUGUCCUGGGCAGUGUGCCCUCAACAAGGAUUGUGUGCAGUGCCAAGCGUUCCAGUCAGGAGCGCUGUCACCCCCAGAAUGCCAACGGAGAUGUAACUUUAAUUCCACAAUAGUCGAUACUUUCCCCGAGAGCAGCCCAAUUCCCCAAGAGACAUGCCGUUUUAUUGACGACGACGAUGGCUGCUUUUUCACCUUCAAGUACGGGAGGGGAGAAGACAACAUGUUGGUGGUUACAGUACAGAGAGACAAAGAAUGUCCACAAGGUGCUCCUAUCAUUCCCAUUGUGCUGGGCAUCGUGGGGGGCAUCGUUCUGAUUGGUCUGAUCCUUGUCAUCAUCUGGCGUGUGGCGAUCCACAUAUACGACACAAAAGCGUUUAUGGAGUUUGAGAAGGAAAGACAAAAAGUGCAAUUCACUACAGAUGUGAAUCCUCUCUACGUAACCAACACCACCAAGUUCAUCAACCCAACCUUCCACCAGGCACAGCCUGCUCAUGAGGAAUAUGACUGAUGGGAUGGACUUAAUUUUGUGAAGUGCCACCUAGUGACAAGAGUAGGAAGCGUCGGAUCGCUUAUCUUCUUUCCAUACAUCCAUUUUGUCGGACAAUAGUAACUUUAAACAGAUGGAAAUAAUGUGGACUAGAUAGCACUAAUGUUCUUUUUUGUAUUCUACCAAACUGAUUAUUAGCAUAAAGUAAACUCUGUACCAUAUAACCAACCUGUUAUAUAUUGAACAUAAUGACCAUCCUAGAAGACUUUUCGUUGGCUAAUUUAUUACAAUUGCAGUAUGUUUGUUUUAUAUGUAACAUUAGAGUGACAGUGCCAUCUGGUGAAGUGGUGCCAAAAGCUUGUGUUACCACUACUGCUUCCUAUGAGUGUGAUAUGGGAUGCUGCUGGUCAUUUCAGCCUGUUCGGCCAGGACAAGGCUACGGUUCAGGUCACAACAGAAGUCAUUUGUAAUGAGUCAUAGAUAUGAUUAAAGUAACAGCUUUGUAGCACGUAUAUGUAGAACAAAGAUUUAGCUGUGUUAAUGAGAUAUGACAAUUAACUGUUUCUGUGCUGUCUGCAUUUAACCAAGUUCAUUUUAGAUUCUAUACGGAUAGAUGUAUAAUGUUAUCUCUCUCUUUGGUUAUACAUACUAACGUUAGCAUUAUGUUUAUCAUCUAACUCAUAAGUAGUGCCGAUGUUACUGUUUUUUUUAUUUUGUCAUUUUUUCAAUGUGUCACUUUUUAGUACUAUUAUUUACAGAAGUCAAAUCAUUCAGAAAUAAAUAAAAUGAAAGUUU